AUGUGUGGUGUUGGUUGAUCUCAUGUGAAAGACUGGUGAAAGUGAAACUUUCAUGGCAGGAUCCAUUUCGUAUAUAAACUGCAAGCGAGAAACCUGAGUGAGUCGGGACAAUCAGAACCUAGCAGUUUGUCUGAGAAGAGAGACAAACCAAUGGAUCCUUCACAUAACUGCAAAGAGGAAGAGUCUGUCUUUGUGCCCAGUUGGAAACCUCUGAAGUUCAGACUGAAUCAGAGAGAACCUCCUGAAACCAGCCGUGUGAACAUGAAGAGUGAAGAGUCAAUGGGUUCUCCUAUUAAGUUCACUUCAGUAAACUCCUCUGCUGAUGCUCCUGCAUUCAGUUGUGUGUCUAUGAAGAGAGAUUUGUCCAUGGAAAGUGAUAAGCCAAUGGAUCCUCCACCUAAUAUCACUUCAGGAGACCCUUCUGAUGAUGUGAGUCUGAAUCAAAGAGAAUCUCCUGAAUCCAGUUGUGUGUCCAUAAAGAGUGAUGAUGAGUCAAUGAGUCCUCCACUUAAAAUCAGUUCAGGAGACCCUUCUGAUGAUGUGAGCCUUGAUCAGAGAGAAUCUCCUGAAUCCAGUUUUGUGUCCAUGAAGACUGAUGAUCCCUCAGAGUCAAUGAGUCCUCCACUUAAAAUCAGUGCAGGAGACGCUUCUGAUGAUGUGAGUCAGAAUCAGUCAGCAUCUCCUGAACCCAGCUGUGUGUCAAUGAAGAGAGAAGAGUCAAUGGGUCGUCCACUUAUAUUCAGCUCAGUAGGCUCUUUUUUUGAUCUGAAUCUGAAUUGGAGAACAUCUCCUGAACCCAGCUGUGUGUCAAUGAAGAGUGAAGAGUCAAUGGGUCGACCACUUAAAUUCAGCUCAGUAGGCUCUUUUUUUGAUCUGAGUCUCAAUCAGAGAACAUCUCCUGAACCCAGCUGUGUGUCAAUAAAGAGUGAAGAGUCAAUAUGCCGUCCACUUAACAGUUUGGUAGACUCUUCUGAUGAUCUGAGAUAUGAACAGGAUGUUCCAGAGUACAGUAUUGAGAAGAAGCAGUUGGACUCCAUUUUUAAGGAACUUGAGCAUGAUAUGAACUCUCACAUGAAGAAAGAGCUGGAGAGGUUCAAGAAAGUACUGAGCCCAGAUUAUAGGGCUUGGUCUGAAAAAGAGGAGGAGGAAGAUGAGGAGGAUGGUCCGAGCAAAUUCAAAGAGGGGGUUCUGAAUAAAACACUUCACAUCCUGAGGAACAUGAAAAAGACAGACCUUGCCAGCAUGCUACUGACCAAACUUAUCUCUGUGUAUCAGCUAAACCUCAAAUCCAGACUAAAGGAACAAUUUCAGAGAAUAAAUGAAGGAAUGUCAAAUAAAGGAAAUUUCAUACUUCUGAAUGAGAUCUACACAGAGCUGUACAUCACAGAGGGAGGGACUGGGGAUGUCAAUAAAGAACAUGAGGUGAGACAGCUUGAGACACAAACCAGAAGACCAGUGACACAGGAAACACCAAUCAAAUGCAAUGACAUCUUUAAAGCCUUACCUGGACAAGACAAUCCCAUCAAAACUGUGCUGACUACAGGAGUCGCUGGCAUUGGAAAAACAGUCUCUGUGCAGAAGUUCAUUCUGGACUGGGCUGAAGGGAAAGCCAACCAGGACACCCAGCUCAUGCUUCCACUUUCUUUCAGAGAGCUCAAUUUGAUGAAGGAUAAAAAUAUCAGUCUGAUGGAUCUUCUUAAGCAUUUUUUCACAGAAAUGAAAGAAAUGAAAACAUUAGAUUAUCAAGACUUUAAAAUUAUUUUCAUCUUUGAUGGUCUGGAUGAGUGUCGACUACCUCUGGAUUUCUCAAACAAUCUGAUCUUGUCUAAUGUAACCGAAUCGGCCUCAGUGGACGUGCUUCUGACAAACCUUAUCAAGGGGAAUCUGCUUCCUUCUGCUCACCUCUGGAUCACCUCUCGACCGGCAGCAGCCAGUCAGAUACCUUCAGAGUAUGUUGACCAGGUCACAGAGGUACGAGGGUUCAGUGACCCUCAAAAGGACGAGUAUUUCAGAAAGAGGAUAAAUAAUCCGAGUCUAGCCAACAGAAUCAUCACACACAUUAAGUCAACAAGAAGCCUCCACAUCAUGUGUCACAUCCCAGUUUUCUGCUGGAUUUCAUCCACUGUUCUAGAGAGAAUGUUGGGUGAAGCAGAGAGUGCUGAGAUCCCUAAGACUCUCACUCAAAUGUUCACACACUUCCUGAUCUUUCAGAUAAAACUGAAUACCCAGAAGUAUGAUGGAAAAUGUGAUGUAGACCUUCAGCUUGCUAAAAAGAGUAUUAUGUCACUGGGAAAGCUGGCUUUUCAACAACUGGAAAGAGGAAACCUGAUCUUCUAUGAAAGUGACCUGAGAGAGUGUGGCAUUGAUGUCACAAAAUUGUCCAUGUAUUCAGGAGUUUGUACCCAGAUCUUCCGAGAGGAGUUUUGCCUCUACCUAGGGAAGGUGUACAGCUUUGUGCAUUUGAGCAUUCAGGAGUUCCUUGCUGCACUAUUCAGGUUUCUUUCAUUUAUUCAGGACAAAGAACACAAUUCAACAAUGAGUGAAUUUCUAAAGAGUGAAGUGGACAAAGCCUUGAAAAGUGAGAAUGGACACCUGGACCUUUUCCUUAGAUUCCUUCUGGGUCUCUCACUGGAGUCCAAUCAAAGUCUUUUACAAGGUCUACUGACACAGACAGAAAGCAGCUCUCACAGCGGACAGGACGUAAUUGAGCACAUUAAGAUGAAGAUCAGGGAGAAUCCCUCUCCAGAGAAAUCCAUCAAUCUGUUCCGCUGUCUAAAUGAGCUGAAUGAUCACUCUCUAGUACAAGAAGUCCAAUCAUACCUAAGCAGCACAGGUGCCAGUCAUCUUAUUGGAGUCAGUCUCUCUCCUGCUCAGUGGUCAGCUCUGGUGUUUGUGUUGCUGAACUCAGAAGAUGAGCUGGAUGAGUUUAAACUGAAUAAAUAUGAUCCAACAGAGGAAUGCCUUCUGAGGCUGCUGCCAGUAGUCAAAGCAUCCAUAAAAGCUGAUCUGAGUGACUGUAAUCUCACAGAGAAAAGUUGUUCAGGACUUGCCUCGGCUCUCAGCUCAAACCCUUCAAGUCUGAGAGAACUGAACCUGAGUUACAAUAACCUGCUGGAUUCAGGAGGGAAGCUGCUUUCUGCUGGACUGGAAAAUCCACGCUGUAAACUAGAGACUUUAAAAAUAUCUCACUGCAGUAUUGAAGAGAAGGGUUGUACGGCUAUGGCUUUAGCUUUGAAGUCAAACUCCACACACCUGAAAGAACUGGAUCUGAGCUACAAUAAACCAGGACAAUCGGGAGUAAUGCACCUUUCUGCUCUACUGAAGAUGCCACAAUGUAAACUGGAGAAACUACGACUGAUUAACUGCAGUUUAAACAAGAAAGAUUGUAUUGCUCUGGCCUCAGCUCUGACAUCAGACCCGUCACACCUUAAAGAGCUGAAUCUGAGCCUGAAUAAACCAGGAAACUCAGGAGGGAAGCUGCUCUCUGCUCUACUAAAUGAUCCACACUGUAAACUGGAAAAACUAGAGCUUUCUGAUUGUGAUAUUGUAGAGAAAGGUUGUGCUGUUCUGGCUUCAGCUCUGAAAUCAAACCCCUCCCACUUAAGAAAACUGGAUCUGAGCAAGAAUAAGCCAGGAAACUCAGGAGUGAAGCAGCUCUCUGAAUUAAUGGAGAAUCCACAUUGUAAGCUGGAGUCAAUAUGGCUGUCUGACUGUAGUAUAACAGAGAAGGGCUGUCGUGCUCUAGUUUCAGCUCUGAGGAUAAGCCCCUCACGCCUGACAGAACUCAAUUUGAGCAAGAAUAAUCUUGGAGACUCAGGAGUGAAGCUGCUUUCAUCUCUACUGGAAGAUCCACUCUGUAAACUGAAGAAACUAUGGCUGUCUGAUUGUAAGAUCACAGAGAAGGGCUGUACUGCUCUGGCUUCAGCUCUGAGAUCAAACCCCUCACACCUGAGAGAACUGGAUCUGAGCAACAAUAAACCAGGAAACUCAGGAGUGAAGAUGCUCUCUGAUCUGUUGGAGGAUACACAUUGUAAACUAGAGACACUAUGGCUGUCUAAAUGCAAUAUUGGAAAGGAAGAUUGUGCCUCUCUUGCAUCAGCACUCAAAUCAAACCCGUCACACCUGAGAGAGCUGAAUCUGAACUCUAACAGACCAGGAGACUCAGGAGUGGUGCUUCUUUCUGCUUUACUGGAAGAUCCACACUGUAAACUAGAGAAACUAUGUUUGCCUGACUGCAAUAUUACAAAGGAAAGUUGUGCUGCUCUGGCUUCAGCUCUGAGAUCAAACCCAUCACACCUGAAAGAGCUGAAUCUGACAGGGAACAAACUAGGAUAUACUGGAGGAAAGCUGCUCUCUGCUCUAAUAGAGGAUCCACACUGUAAACUGGAGAAACUAGAGCUGUGUAACUGCAGUAUUACAGAGGACAGUUGUGCUGCUCUGGCUUCAGCUCUGAAGUCAAACUCCUCACACAUGAGAGAACUCAAUCUGAGCAAGAAUGAUCUUGGAGACUCAGGAGUGAAGCUGCUAUCCGACCUGUUGGAGGAUGUACACUGUAAACUGGAGAGACUAUGGUUGUCUGGCUGCAAUAUAAAAAAAGAAAGCUCUGCCACUUUAGUUUCAGCUCUGAAGUCAAAAUCCUCACGUCUGAGAGAGCUGGAUCUGACAAAUAAUAAACUAAACCGUUCAGAUGUGAAGCUGCUCACUGAUCUACUGGAAGAUUCCCACUAUAAAUUGGAAAAAAUAGAUAUUUGACCUGAAACAAACAUACAUUCAUGGUGUCAACUCCCAUAAAUCUGUAAAUGAACUGCUCUGUUUCCUGAAUGACAUGGUCUGCUGGAGAAAGACUCGUACUUAUUAAGUAGACAGUGCUGGACAGUAGUAUAGUCUGGAGCUAAUGAAUUAUUGAAAUGUGAAGUUUUGGAUUUACAAACUACCUACUAUGGUUUGACUUGAUGAUAUGUACUCAAACAUUUUUGCCAGUAUGCACUUUUGGCAAAGGACAUUGAAAAGAAGCUGAACUGUGAGAGCUAAUGUUGAUUUAUGACAUUAUAUGCCUGAUGUCUAAACAAUAAGACUAUGCUUACCUAAUUUUUCUUCUAAUUUUGAAUAACCUGUCAGAUUGAUUUUUAUGAUUAUUAAUGUUUGUAUAUUCAUAUGCUUAUUGCAUUAUUAUGUGAUUUUGUCUGUAUAAGUAAUCAUUACAUGAUUAAGUUAUAAAGAUGUUAUAGGUUUAAGUAUAUAGUAUGGCUUCAUGUAUGAAUGGACUUGAAUGGAAUAAAGCACAUGAGUUGAAUGGACUACCUACAGUAUAUGCCGCUUGUUGUUGUUUUGUUUUUGUUUUUUUGUGGCUUUACAGAAGUGGUCGCUUUGAACUGCCAUUGUAUGUAAGUUGUAUGAUGU